ACACCCGCGUACUAUAGUACGUCCGGCAAUUCCGCACUUCCACCACAGGUUCUACUCUACCGUAACGAUAACGGUAUCAUUUUGAGAACCCCUCCUCCUCUGACCAAACGGUUUGUACGUUUGAACUAGUAAACAUAGCGCUGCCGCCUGCCCGUCGGCCGUGAUUAGUAUUUACUAUAACCGAUUUCCGAAUCGCGUUGCCCGCCAACGACUUGGCAAUGGACUACCGCCUACCCCGUCGUGACUAAUAUUUUUAUUACACACGACUCUGCCACGACGAUGAUGACACCACCUAAUGAAUAGUUUAGGUAUCGUCGAUCCUGUUUAAUGCGCAGUCGUCAUGUUGUACCUCAAGAUCAUAGCCAUACCGUGUUUCGUCCUGUCCAACCACGUAUUUCGGGCGAGUGCGGUACCGAUGGAUUUGAACGUCCAUCCAGAACACUUACCAUACAUACUGAACUCGAGAACCGAUCACAACAAAUCGCGCUGUUGGGGCUACGAAAGUGACUGUGAUAUAGAUCACCGCUAUUUGGAUCCCGUGUGUCCAGGUCCUGAAACUAGCUGGGCACCAACUAAACGGGAUCAAAUUGACACGUUCUACGAUCAAGGAGAUUUUGGCUAUGUAAAACAACAACGAGAAGAAAUCACACACAUGUGUGAGCCAAUAAAUCAAGACGAUUCAUCAUUGGAAUGUACAAACCAUUUGAAGUUUUGUCGUGGACAUAAUAUUAUGAUAAACUUUGAAAAUAUAUUGAACAAAAACCACCCGAUACGAUAUCAAAUGGAUGUACUAAGUAGUGGUCAAAUUGGUGGGAAAUGCAAGUUACAUAAAGAAAAAUUGGAUGCUCAGUGUGAUCAUCUGAGUCCAUUACAGUCUUGGAGUCCUGAAUUAAGAUUUUUUACACCAAUUGAAAAUUAUCCCGGAAAAUGUGAUUUAAUUAUAACUGAACCUACAGUCAUUAUGAAAAUAGACGCAACUGUGAAUAUGUACCAUCAUUUUUGUGAUUUUUUGAAUUUAUAUGCGUCUCAGCAUGUGAAUGGCUCAGGAGCUAGUAUGUUUUCAAAAGAUAUACACAUAUUAGUCUGGGAGUCAUUUGCCUAUGAAUCUGCCUUUAGUGAUACCUUUCAAGCAUUUACAAAGCAUCCGGUAUGGAAUUUAAAUACUUUCAGAGGAAAAGUUGUUUGUUUUAAUGAUAUUGUCUUACCAUUACUACCAAGAAUGAUUUUUGGGCUGUAUUACAAUACUCCUUUGAUUGAUGGAUGUGAAAACAGUGGACUGUUCAAAGCAUUUUCCCAACAUGUAUUACAUCGUUUGAAUAUUGAUCAAAAACCAAAUGCCAAUGAAAAAAUAAGGAUAACAUUUUUGUCUAGAAAUACAAAAUAUAGAAAUGUAUUGAAUGAGAAUGAAUUAAUAACUGCUUUAAAAAAUUAUUCUCAGUAUGAAGUAAAAAAGGUUGUUUAUAGUGGCAACUUCUUAACAUUUAAAGAACAAGUACAUAUAACAUAUAACACAGAUAUAUUUAUUGGAAUGCAUGGCGCUGGGUUAACACAUCUUUUAUUUUUACCCGAAUGGGCAGUAUUAUUUGAACUAUAUAAUUGUGAGGAUGAACAUUGUUACAAAGAUUUGGCUCGCUUGAGAGGUGUUAAGUACAUAACAUGGCGAGAUAUAAAUAAGUUUACUGUGCAAGAUAAGGGCCAACAUCCAGAUCAGGGUGCACAUGCCAAGUUUACUAAUUAUUCAUUCGAUAAAGAUGAAUUCUUAGAUCUAGUAGAUGAAGCUGCCACACAUGUAAAAAAAUAUAAACACGGUUAUAGUCCUAAAUUACAUGACGAACUUUAAUUUUUGUUUGUUGUGCUUCAUUAUUAACUGACUUUUAUGUUAUUUUUCUAAUUAUUAAUGUUAAGCUUGCACGUUAAGACAUUUUUUUUUACUUUUUACUUGAAAAUAUGUUGUUUGGUUAUUUUUUGUUUUUAUUAUGUAAUUUUUCACUUUUUUAAAUACAUGUUUUUUUUAUCACUGAAUGAUUAUAAUUUAAUUUACCUACCUUUAUUUAAUUGUGUAUGGUAUGAUAUUUCAUGAAUUCAUCAGCAGUUAUUGUUAGUGUACUUCUUUGUUAUUUUCAUAAAUAUUUUGUAAGUUAAUUGUAAGUUUUAUUCUAUGACAUAAAAUGGAUUAUUGUUGAAAAAUACUUUCUCACUAAAAAAACAUUAAUUAUGAACUCAUAUUAGUUUUUGACAAAAAGAAAACAGUAUUUUUAGUAAAUAGCAAUAAACGUAUAGAUAUAAUAUGAAAAAUAGUAAAUAUAAGUAUAUUAAUUGUUAGCCCUGGCCCAAAAUUGUUUGCAUUAAGACACAAAAAAUGUAACUGUAACAUAGAAAUUAUCCUAAUAUUAUGUUUGUAAUGGGGAAAAACAUUUGUUUUUGGUUGUAUUAGUCAUUAGAGCAUUUAAACAAACUUAUAUUUUGUAAAAAAUGCGUUUCUAAGAUGAAAAUUGAAAAAAAUUCAGUUAAUUGUGGAUUAGAUAUUUCAAAGCCACAGA